GCCUCGAACAGACUGCGACUGUCCCUUCCAGCGCCGGUGACAAAACCCCUCUCUCACGUGUCUUUCUUCGUCUCGGGCCAAGGCCUUCACGAAUAAACUGGUACUAGUAGCACUGUAGGUGAUGGUCGUGUAGAUUCAAACAGAGCAAUAUGGCGGUAGGGGGGACAAAUUUCGCGUCGUUGUUUGAGAGAUUGAAGGUGGAAGAUCCAUGGCUCCCUCCAUCCACUUGGGAAUCAAUUCCUUCCGAAGGUGGCGUUCGCUUCUCCCAGCACGACAUUGCCUCUUCGGCUUCUUCUCGCUCCGAUCCUAACUACCAAACUUCUUCCGUCUCUGAGGCCAGUGUGGUGAGGUUAGCACUGAAUGCAUUACAAGGUGUACAGUCAGCCCUCAUGAGCAUUGAGAAACUCUCUGGCGCAUUCUGUUUUGACCCAGCUGAUCGGACUGUCAAUCAAAUUCCAAGUUUAUGGAAUAGGUCUUCAAGCACUCAUGCUAUAGGUAGUAUGCUUAACUCCAUAGGCUGCUCAGGUUGCUUAGUUUUUCUCCUGUAUAGAUUUGUAGAUCAUUUUACAAAUUUGGAUUUGGAUUCGAAUUCUGUUGGGGAACGACGUGAAAUUUCUGCAUCCACGGCAAAUGUAAGUCAUUGUGGUGGUGAAGUACAGGCACAGCAGGACCGCUACCCUCCUUACAGUCUUGUUAAUCAGGCGUUUGCCAUUGCUGUGAGAAAGGUUUUGGAAGGUUACACAUGUGCACUGGAUACAUUGAGUGCAUCAGUGGGAUUAAGGCGUUCAUCAAAGAAAGCUCCUUUGCAUGCAUCUUCUGGCACAGGAUGCCUUAGUAGUGUAGUGCAUCCUGAAGUAACACUGCUGGAGUUAUACCUCCAUACAAAGGAAUUGAAGACUCAGAUUGAAGCUCUCGGAAGUAUAUGCAACUUGCAUAAGUUAGCUCUUUGCUUCUUAUCAUCGUCCUUUGAGGACGUAAAUGCCAGUGCAGUUCUGGAAUUUCAAAACUUCUAUCAGGGAGGGGAUCUGCUUACUUAUUUGUAUACUCAACUACAGGUUGCUGAUCCUGCACACUGUACUAUACUCAAGUUUCUUUUUCUUCGGUCAUGUGAGCCCUAUUGUGGAUUUAUUAGAUCAUGGAUAUUCAAAGCUGAGAUCCUCGAUCCGUACAAGGAAUUUUUUGUGGAAUAUGUUGAGAAACCACUGUCUUUUUCAUGUAUUGAUUCUGGAAAUUCCAUUGACUUCUCAUUGGCAAGUACUCAGGAGCGAGAUGGAGUUGCUGUUCCCUGUUUUUUCAACGACUUCCUGGUUCCAAUUUUGAGGGCUGGUCAACAGCUUCAAGUACUGAUGAAAUUACUUGAGUUUUGUUAUCUUGAAGCCCCUGGAGCUCAUAUGUAUCAGGAUUUUCUUCCUUCUUGUAGUGGAUUUUUAGGAAAUGAUUCCUUUUAUGCAUCUCCAAUGAUUUUAAGCAAAAAAAAUUUCGAAGCCACCGUAAUUGCAAGAGACAGCUAUUAUAGAAAGAUGCAGGAGAAACUUGACAAUCUUUGGACAAAAUUAGAAUUUAGAUAUCAUCAGGUAGUUCAACAUGGUGCUGCUCCUAUUUUAUCAGAUAUUGGCGCCAGGAAUGCAAGUGAUGCAGUUUCACCAGAGCUGGAUUUAAGAACUAUAGGUGAUGUGGAUUCUGAUGACUCUAGUGUGAAAGGUGAAUUUAUCUAUCAGGUGGAUACCUCUGAUUUAUCUGAAUGUUCAUCAAUAAGUGACUCUGAGGUGCAAACUGACUCCCAGCUGCUGACUGAGAAUCCUGAUAGUUUGUUUGGGCAUGAACAAAAAUACUUCUCUGCCUUAAGGUUCUUUAUAAGUAGCCCCAUUAAUUUUUCACCUCAGAAAUCUCUUCAAUGUGAUGGUUCACAUCAUGUGGAAAACAAUUUCCAUGAGAGAUGCGAAAGUACAUGUGCACAUGAUGGCCAUUCUAUGCAUUUUCGUUGUAGGGGAACCCUCCUUAGUAACAUAUCUACGCCUCUUGAGACUGGAGAUUCAUGCCGGUCACAUAAAUAUGAUAAGUUAUGUACGAAUACUGUACAUUAUAAAAGCUGGACCCUUGGCAACCAUCUGAGAAAUCCUUUUCUUGUGGAUGGAAAUUGUAGAGAUGAUCGAAGUUCGAAUCAAUCUGACACUGCUGAAUCGGUGAACAAAAGGAUUAUGAAAGUCUUAAAUGAAGACGAGCAACAUAUUGGCAAAGUACUUGCUACCAGCACUGCUGUAGUUGAAGAUUCCUUUGUUGGGAUUCAACCUGUAAAUGAAAUUUCUAUAUCUGAUUUAUCCACAUUGAAUUUUUGGAAGAUUAAUAACUGUCACAAUCCCCUCAGUAUGAACCCAAUGUUGUCAAGAAAGGAAUUGUUUAAGCAGACGGGUGAGCUUGGAGAGAGACAAAACUUAGAAAAUGGGCAAUCCUUGUCUUGCUUUGACUUCUCAUCUGUAGUAGACCCUUGCAGAGCAUGUGAUAAGAAGUUAUCUUCCAGUGCAAGACACCAAAUUGGACCUGAGCAUCUGUUAUAUUCCAACAGCAAUGGUGACUGCCAUCUUGAAGUACGUAAUGGUGGAGACGAAAUGGCUGCUAGUAUUAAGACUUCUUCUGUUUAUUCAUGCUUGAAAGAAAAUGAUAUUGUUGAAAAUGUUUCGAAAAAUGCUUCUGGAGGGGGAAGUUGGGAAAGUUUGCUCGGUAGUUCUCUUAAUGAUGAUGAUGAGACAUUUGAAAAUGUUGGGCAGAGUUUUUCAACAACUUUUGAGAUGCCUCUUGAUUUCAUAGUUGACAAAUGCCUGCUGCAAGAAAUCUUGCUUCAAUAUAAUUAUGUCAGCAAGUUAACAAUCAAAUUGCUUGAAGAUGGUUUUGAUUUGCAAGAGCACUUGUUGGCAUUGAGGCGUUACCAUUUUAUGGAGUUCGCGGACUGGGCUGAUCUGUUUAUCAUGUCCCUUUGGCAUAAUAAAUGGUGUGUUGCUGAGGCAGAUCAGAGAGUUUCUGCAAUUCAAGGGCUUCUUGAGUUGGCGAUUCAGAAGUCCUCAUGUGAGCAAGACCAUAAUAAAAAUAGGUUAUUUGUGUACAAUAAAGGAGAUGAUGUAAUGUCCCUUGCGGCUUCAGCAAUUGGAGUUCACUCCUUUGAUUUUUUAGGUUUAGGUUAUAGAGUGGAUUGGCCAGUCAGUAUUGUUCUUACUCCUGGCGCAUUGAAAAUAUAUGCUGACAUAUUCAGUUUUCUGAUACAAGUGAAGCUUGCUGUUUUCUCAUUGAGUGAUGUAUGGUGCUGUUUGAAGGAGGAUUUGAGGCACCUGAUAAGUCAGAAUCAUCGUUCUGCAGAGCAUAGACCGGAAGUGGACAAACUUAAUAUGUUGAUUAAGAUGAGGCACCAGGUCAAUCAUUUUGCAUCAACAUUGCAGCAAUAUGUGCAGUCACAAUUGUCUCACGUAUCAUGGUGCAGGUUUCUUCAUUCCCUUAAGCAUAAGGUCAAAGAUAUGAUGGACAUUGAGUCAGCGCAUAUGGCAUAUCUAACUGAUUCUUUACACAUAUGUUUUCUCUCGGAUGAAACACAGUCCAUAGCUCACAACAUUGCAAGCAUUUUGCAAUGUGCAUUAGACUUCAGGUCUUGUCUUGCUGAGGGCAGAUGGGAAGCGGGAUUGGGUCAGGGAGAUUUGCGACGUAAACUCUCUAGAGUCAACGUAUCCCAGGUUCUUGCCAUUAAGCAGAAGUUUGAAAAGAAUUUAAGAGAAUUGCAUUUGUGCUAUCGCAAGUCACCAAAACAUGGGCUGUUUGGUCUAUCUCAUUUAUGGGGUUAUCUCAACUACAAUGAGUACUACUCUGAGCUUGGCAACGAAAUCAGCUUUCAUAUGUAAUGUAAGUUAAAAGCUUUUUGCCAUGCUAAUUUUGAUGAGCAGCCGACUGAGAUGUCAAUUUGGUGAGUUAGUCUUCAUGAGUUUUGAUGAUCAGAGUGAAUUCUCGAAAUUCAUGGUGCUCUCUCUCUUCUUCCCUCAACGGAGCGCCUGAUGUGAUGUGCAGUGGUGUUUAUGUUGUCUCAUGUAAGUUAUUGUGCUAACUAGUCGAGAUCCACUUUGGGUGGCAUAUACGUUAUCAAAGCUUCACGGUAAAUGUGUGGUGUGGUUCAUUGACCAUCUGUUCAGGGGGGUCUUGAUAGAAUGAAUGUCUCCCUUGAUGUUUGUCCAUUUUUGUUGGGAAAUGACAACCAGACCCCAGAAGUUUGCUAGGAUUCAUAAACUAAACACACUCCCCCACGUUAAAUUUGUCUUGUAAGUGGUGUCUAUGUAACAAAAUUGAAGUCCAGGGAAAUUGAAUGCGUUAUAUCAGUGUAUAUUUGUUAAUCAGUGUGUAGUCUAAACUCUGAAGUGUCUUGUUGUAUCUAUACCUAUAUAUAAAGGAGAGGCUCUAAUCAAUUGUUCUCAUUAUUUGACACUUGAACAA